GCCGUGUACUUAGAUUGCCCUUUCUAACUUCCUCCUUCGGUCUGCUGAGUUUUUGCGGUGCUCUCUAGCACACAUUGCACAACUAUCAGUAGAAGGAGGAUCCAUUUCUGAGCUUCCUUCAGUUUUUCUUAAAUAGAUUUAGACAGCAAAUUCUUAGGUCUAAGUGGGCUAAGGUUGUAGAGUGACGUUCGGUUUCAUGGUAUUGGACAUCGUAUACAAAUAUUUUAAGAUGUGGUUGUGGAUUUUGAUUGGCCUUAACAUCAUCACAAAGGUGCAUGGGUUUGCAAAUGGCAAAUUCCCACAGUCGUGUGAAUCAAUGUUACCUCAGCAUUCAAACCGUGGGACACCUAUCCAUCCUCAGAACAGUGAACCGCCCUUUGAGAUGAUCGUCUCACUCAUAAAGGGAGACACUAUUACAGUUUCUCUCCAGAGCAAGCAAUCCACAAUGUUCAGGGGAUUUAUGUUGGAGGCUCGACAGAAAGGAAACCAUCUUGUAGGAAAAUUCAUCAUGCUUGAGCCUGAAAACACUCGACUCCUGACGUGCAAUAAUUUAGCAGACACGGCUGUUAGUCAAAAAAACAAUAAAAAUAAGAAUAAGAUCCAAGUUAACUGGGUACCACAGGGAGAAGACGUGGACAUCAUGGACAACAUCACUUUCAGAGCCACAUUUCUUGAAAGGUUUGGUACAUUCUGGGAACCAAUGGAUCUGAAUGUUACUUUAACUUCACCGACCACACCAUCACCAACACCAAGUACUACCACAAGUACUACAAUGCUAAGUACUACACCAAGUACUACACAGCCAAGUACUACAACACCAAGUACUACACCAAAUACUACACAGCCAGGUACUACAACACCAAGUACUACACAGUCAAGAACUACAACACAAAGUACUACACCAAGUACUACAGUACUAAAAAGUACAAGUGAUUCUGAUACUACAAAGCCAAGUACUGCAGAGACAAGCAUGACAACUAAAGACCAAAUCAAUGUCAACCAAUCACAGGAAGCAACCAUUGUGUGGAUGAAUUUCGACUGUUUUUUGGUGGUAGUCAUGACGGAGCUGCCUAAUAUAUUGGUGACUACCCUCCGCAACAGUCCCUUAUCUUGUUGUCUAAAUAAGGUGUUAAAGAUACUGUGCAGUCUGCUUUGUGCGGCAGUUGAAAUAACGGCCGUUGUCUUGUUUUGUUUGGCUGAUACCAUUAAAGUCACUCUCGUUGCUCUUGUGUGUGUGGCGAUAGUGUUUAAUUUCAUAAAGCUGGUAAUCGUCUGUCUGCCAAUUGGACCCAGUCAUGAACUAAAGGAGAUCUGUGACCUUACUGUCAACGUGUGUUCUGUCAUCCAUGUGAUUUUUACAACUGCAGUUGUCUUUGUUGGUGUGUUGGAGAUGGACAACUGCAGAAAUACCAAUGAAGACUCUUGGCUUCUGAAAGUGAUGGUCGCUUACACAAUAUGGAUUGUCCUGUUUUUAAUUUGGGUUUCUGUGAACAGUAUCCAAAGUAAAGCAAUACUGGGGAGAACCCAAAUAGAGAGUCAAAGACAUGGUAAAAGAUGGAGGCAACAAGGAAACAUGAAGCUCAGUGCUGCAGAAGUAAUGGUUACUGCUGUCUCAGUCAUCCUCAUCGUUGGAAACUUGAGUUUCGUUGUAGCUGUCACUGUUGGGAUAUUUAGGUGUCUGGAAAUGUAGGCCUGUGAUUGGUGUGUUGGUACUUUCUUUGCAUAGUUUUAAAGUUAUUCAUGUUUCAGAUUCCUUAUUUACAGUUGUAUGCAUGCACAUGCCUAAUAGGGCAUACUUUUAAUUUUGAUAUUAGUACUUUGAUAUCUGUACCUUGUGGUUUAUUUGUAUACUGUUGCUGUGACCUGCAAAUUUCCCCCUUCCCACCCAGUCAUAAAUAAAUCUAUCCAUCUCUAUCUAAAUAGUAGCUUAUGUAAAGGAUAUUAAAAUUGUUGGUGCUGUAAAUACAACACAUGUUGAUUCCAAUCUCAAAAUAACAAUAAAGCAAUGCCUACUUUGAG